GGCCGCUCUUCCUGGGGUUGUUUCUGCGUGUGACGUGUGGCUUUUGAGAUAAACUCUCCUCUACCAGCGUAGGCCGUAUGAGUGGAGGGCGGGCUCCCGCGGUCCUGCUAGGCGGAGUGGAGCAUUCUUCGGGAGUGCAUCAGAGGGAGGGCAGAGCCUGAGGAUCUAAGCGAAGGCUUCCCCGGGUGUAAUUUUCCUGGGCUGUUUGUGAGGAGAGAUCGAAUUGGCCUCCUGCUUUCAGGCCUCUCUGCUCCUGUCUUUUGUUUGGAUGCCGGCGCUGCUGCCUGUGGCCUCCCGCCUUUUGUUGCUACCCCGAGUCUUGCUGACCAUGGCCUCUGGAAGCCCUCCGACCCAGCCCUCGCUGGCCUCGGAUUCCGGCUCCGGCUACGUUCCGGGUUCGGUCUCUGCAGCCUUUGUCACUUGCCCCAACGAGAAGGUCGCCAAGGAGAUCGCCAGGGCCGUGGUGGAGAAGCGCCUAGCAGCCUGCGUCAACCUCAUCCCUCAGAUUACCUCCAUCUAUGAGUGGAAAGGGAAGAUCGAGGAAGACAGUGAGGUGCUGAUGAUGAUUAAAACCCAAAGUUCCUUGGUCCCAGCUUUGACAGAUUUUGUUCGUUCUGUGCACCCUUACGAAGUGGCCGAGGUAAUUGCAUUGCCCGUGGAACAGGGGAACUUCCCGUACCUGCAGUGGGUGCGCCAGGUCACAGAGUCAGUUUCUGACUCUAGCACAGUCCUGCCAUGAUGAGCCCUGUUCCUGCCAUGAUCCCCUCGAUACUUCAACGCCUUCUGACUUCCAGGUGAUGACUGGGCCCCCAAUAAAUCCUGUCUUUGGGUC